AUGACCAAAAGACUACCUCUAAGCUGUGAAAACUGCCGACGUAGAAAGAUACGCUGUUUAGGAUCGGGCGUGCCAUGUGAUACCUGUCGAAAGCGUGGAGUGGCGUCGUCAUGCCAGUUCAAGCGCGAUGUUGAACAGAAUCCCCAACCAGAGCGUCAUGAAACAAAUCAGGAUAUUCUUCUACAGCGGAUCUCGGAUUUGGAAAGGCUAUUGAUUCAAAAUAUUGAAUUGACGUCGACCUCUAACGCUCAUAAUCACGCGCUCCGCUCGCCCGUGUCCCAUGAUGAUCUCCCUCAAUCCCAGGACGAUACCUCUGAGAUCCCCGUCUCGAAAUACACAUAUGAUCACUAUUCAUUCCGAAGGAACAUCGAAUCUCAACGUGGUGAAGUCGGCAGUAUCAUCACAUCCUCGUCGGGUCAUGUGCGAUACGUUCCUUAUAGUACCUCUCGCGACCCUGAUGUUUUCCAUUCACUGCAGAACCGCUCACAAGUGGAAUCACCGUCUGGCGUUUGUUUAUUCACCGACAUACUUCCCAGCACACAGUCACUAUUAGACAUAUUACCCCCGUUUCGGCAUUGUGACGACCUCCUCGUCGUCUUUUUCGAUGUGUUCUCCCCACUCUUUCACAUCUUACACGACAGGACCUUCCAGUUGAAUUACGUCAAAUUCAAACAAGACCCUCGAAAUGCUCCCACACCAUUUAUUGGUUUAAUAUUUGUCGCCCUGGGGCUGGCUGUCACUGCCAUUGAUAAAGAAAGUCCUAUCCUAGCAGACUUGGGUCGAGAGGCUUCUACGGCGGAAAGCGUGAGGUCAUUGGCAGCAAAAUACCGACAGGCAGCGAUGAAAUGCCUGGCCGCCGAUAACUUCAUGUGGCAGCAUAAUUUGCACACUCUGCAAUGUCUCAUUCUGCUGAUAUAUGCCAUCAAUCAUGCUCAGGGUCCAGCCUGGGCUCUCCUUGGAACGACACUUAAUAUUGCCAUUGCUAUUGGGUGCCACGUUGAUCCCGCGCUUCUUGACCUGCAUCCCAUUGAGGUUCAAGAGAGGCGAAGAGCCUGGGCAGGGUUAAUGAUGCUUUACACUAUUCAAAACACCUGUCUUGGUAAUUUGGCCCCGUUUCAAGUGGAGAACAAUGUCCAGCUGCCGGCAGACGUGGAAGAUGACGAGAUUGUCUCAGACUCGCUCCAUGAAGCCUCGCAUGGAAAUGAACCGACUUCGGGGCGCAAGAAUCCGACAAAAAUGUCAUACAUCUUGUACAAAUUCCGUCUCUACUCUCUAGCAUCUGAGAUAUGCGCUCUAAGCACGAUAGGGUCUACACCCUGCACGAGCAAGAUACACGCGUUGGAUGACCAGCUCCAGACUGAAAUGAAUGCGCAGGUAGAGCGCUUCCGCGAGCAAUUUGAUCUGCCAACAUAUCAUCAGGCACAUUCAUUUAUUUUGAAUAAUUACACCAAUCAUUUGGUUCUUCUCUUACAUCGAAUUCGUCUCUUCAGACCAGAGGGUAUUGAAGACGGAGGUCUCAUUACAAGCUACGAAAAAUGCGAGCAGGCUGCUGUCGCCAUCCUUUCAAAUUACGAAAUCCUCAAUUCGCGUCAUGAAUUCAAACCAUAUAGCUGGUAUAUCCAUGGCCUUGGGUCAUUCCACGCCUUUCUAGCAAUAUCAACCAUACUGGUUCUACUGGCGAAGCCUCGAGCCCCGCAAAGUCCCAAACAUCUCAUAUCCCAAGCCGUGCAAAGUUGUCUCCAGCGAUUCCACAACAAUGCCCCAUACAGCGAGAUAUGUACUCGAGCUUGUUCGAUAUUGGACCCACUGAUACCAGGAGAGCUUCUUCAGCCCACUCCAUUCAUCGCAUACUCGGAUGGUGUAUAUGACUCGAGGGAUACAAAUGGAGUCGGAUCGAGCAAUGAUUCUAUGACAAUAACUACGAAUGGUGCAUCUGACAACUUUGACUCGAGCUUCUGGACAUUACCGGAAAGCUUCGAGGAGAUUGUGUCCAAGAUUCCAUGCGAACAAUGGCUUUCUCCGGCGGGAUUUCCGUGGACAGAUCGAUGCUCUUCGGAUGUAACAUACUAG